AUGGCAUGUGGUAGCUGUAGUGAUGCAAUUGUGGACUGGGUUGUAACUAACGCUGGCCAGAACGGCCCUGACCGUCGGUUCGAGCGGCAUCUUCGGCGAGGUGAUGGGUCAGAGCGCCAGGUGGCGCUGGGUCAAGGAAAGGGAAGGGAACAAAGAAGAGAAAGUGCGUGGUCAAUUCGAGAGGACGGAGAGCGGUGUUUUAUAGAUGGACGGCUGGCGGACCAGGCGGUAAAAGCGGCCAGGGCCCCGCUAAACCUAGACAGGUACCACCAAAAUACGCUAUCCCUAGAAAGGCAUUGGCCGACCGGACUUGGGCAGGCGGUCGAGGGCGGCAGCGCGACGGAUCAAUGGGAGCCGAAUGCUGCGCCCCGCUAA